CCCUUAACUCUCGGCCUCUCCUGUCAUCAUUCCGAUGUUGCUACAACAAUAAACUCGAUUUAUUGCAACUAAGGCCAAGAUCGGAUCUUCACUCCGGCACUGGAGUAGUUUGGAGGUUUGGAAGAUGAAGAGAAUUAGAACAUGGCCGAAAGUGAUACUCUGUUUGAUAAAAACCAGUUGCUUUUCAACCUAUCAGUGCCUCUGUCUGCCCUGAAAAUGGUUCGCAGGCCGAUGCCGCCUCAGGCGAUACAAAUAGAGAAGGUGGAUGGCGGAGGUACGUUUACGUCGCAUCCCCAUGGCAACCGCCUCAAUCACUACCACCAACGCCACCACCACCACCACCAGCAGCAGCAGCAGCAGCAGGGUAUCGUCUCGGACGUUGCCGAGUCACUGCAGCAACACCAGUCGCGUCUCCUCACCGACUCGGUCACCUCCGAAAUCUUCGAGCAGGCCCUGACUCUCGCGAGACUCGACUUCAAACAGCAGAAAAGGGGUGACGAUGUACCCGGUGAUCCAGAACACCCCACCAAGAAUUCAAAAUCUUCCGACACCAAACUUCUCACCACCACGCCCACCACUGCCAAAUCCACCAACACCACCAUCACUACCGCCACCUCCACCAACAUCACCAAUAAAAGUACUACCCAAGGAGUUAGGGUCAUCGAAAGAAGUUCCUCAGCCAAAGUGAAGAAUGCCAGUAUCCAAGUUUCCAGGAAGAACACCAACCAUUUGUGCCAAAACGCUCGAUCACCUGAGCCAACCCCGUUAUCUCACCUGCCAGCAACAACAGACUCACCUCCAACUCGCGAUACCCACGACUGCACCCGGCAGAAAUUCCAAAGGAUCCACAAAGACAUUUCUAACUGCCUCACAGACCUUCAAACCCUCCUAGGCUCAUUCAUCAAAGAGGGGCUGAACGAAUCGACAGAGAACGUACAGGAGGCCGGCGGUUCGAGCCAAGACCUGACCAUUGUGAAAGUAGUAUCCCGUAAGCUGUACUCCAUAAAACACCAGGCCCAGGAUCUGAAACGGCAAGUGGACCACAUGCCGAAGAACAGAGGCUCGUUACUGGGACAGCAGAACAAGGACACGAAAUACCUCAGCAACAGAUUGGCAUCGAUUUUCCAAGGGAUCCUCCGAAUUUUCCUCGACAUGUGCCGCUACCUGAAGAAAGGACCCAUCUACACGCUCAACCCCAACAUGAUCUUCGUCUGCGUCGUCCACCUUGUCCACAUGCUCAAUGUCCUCUCUCUGCUCAUCGACAUCUGGUCGGAGAUGGCGCACAUCUCCGGCAAGGCCAACGAUUCCAAUGCUGUCGAGAGUUUGCAUGAGAUGAUAGCAAGUACAAAA